AUGGAAGGUUAUGAAGCAUGUGAGGACAAGUGCAAAGAGCACUUUGUUGGAGAGCAGACAUGCUAUGAUACUUGCGUCAGCCACUGUGUCAUUGGGCGCAACAAGCUCAAGGAGCUUCGGGUGGAACCAAACUGCUAUGCUGAGAAAGUGCCACCAGGAGACUUGCCAGUGCCGCAGCCCAAAGAGCCUGAGGUGUAUGAUGAAGUCUACAAGGAACAAGAUUACCAGUGGUGA